UGCAAGCAUUUUUUUAAAUAUUGUACUGUAGAUAAAUUAUCGCUGGCGCCCUGGCGGCGACGCGUGCAUCGCGAGAAUACGCAUGUAUACGAGACACGAGUAUAGGUAGUAUAAUAUAUGUAUACUGUACUGUAUAGUGAGAAUGAGAUUUAUGCAGAAGCAGUGUAUUAGUUAGUGCUGUUGUUAAUCUGCACACUCUUUUUCUUGAAAUAUACGUUUAUAAACAUCAUUUAUGUGAGAUGAUUUGACGCUUAUAUAGUGAUUGAUCAAAAAUAACUAGUCAUCAUGGUUCGAAAUAGUGAAAAGGAAAGACAUCAUAGGAGGAGAUCUAGGUCUAGAUCCAGAUCUCGUUCUGCUUCCCCUCAGCAAGAAAAGAAAAGGAGACGUUCAAGGAGUCGUGAUCGAGACAGGGAGCGAGAAAAGAAUCGCCAUCGAGAUAGACGCAGUCGCUCUCGUGAUAAGGACAGGGAAAGAAGUGACAGAAGAGAAAGAUCCGACAGAGAUAGGGAUCGAGAAAGAGACAGAAAACGUGGAGACAGUAAAGAAAAGCGUCUUACAGGAUCAAAAUCAUCUCGAUCUGGAAAAGAAAGAUCCAACCGAUCCAAGUCUCGUGAGCGCAAGGAAAAGGAUAAGAACGAAAGCGAGGAAUUGCCAUUCGACCAUACAAAACUAGAUAAGGAAGAGGAGCAGAAGCGCUUAGAGCUGGAAAUGCAAAAAAGAAGAGAAAGAAUUGAAAGGUGGAGAGCUGAAAGAAAAAAGAAAGAGAUUGAAGCAACCAAAAAGGAUGGUAAGUCAAUGUUAGCUAAUCUUCAGCUACCGACUGCCAAAAAAUGGUCUCUUGAGGAUGACAGUGACGAAGAAAUGCCCAUCGUUGUAAAUAAAGAAACUAAAGAAGAAGAAGAAGAAGAAGCUAAAGAAGAAAAUGUAGAGGAGAAAGUUGAAACCAAAAAGGAAGAUGAGGAGGAAAUUGACCCUCUGGAUGCUUUCAUGGCAGAAGUACAUCAAGAGGUCAGAAAAGUCAACAAAGUCGACAAUAAACCUUUGAAAACAGGUACAAAUUGUACGGGAACUGGGCAAACUGGUGGUGUUAUGAUUGUAACUGGUGUAGCAAAGAAGAAAGUUCAAAAACAUAAGGGUGAACUGAUUGAGCAGAAUCAAGAUGGUCUCGAGUACUCUAGUGAAGAGGAAGGAGAGAAUUUACAUGAAACGGCUGCUGGCAUUGCAAAUAAACAGAAGCGAGAGUUGGCCAAAGUCGAUCAUAAUGCAACAGAUUACAUACCAUUCACAAAAGCAUUUUACCGCGAAGUUCCUGAAAUUGCACGUAUGACACCCGAGGAAGUGGAAUUGUACAAAGAAGAGUUAGAAGGUAUUCGAGUUAAGGGCAAAAAUUGCCCAAAACCAAUAAAGUCCUGGGCUCAAUGCGGUGUCUCUAAGAAGGAACUUGAUGUUUUGCGCAAGCUCGGUUAUGAGAAACCAACGCCGAUACAGUGUCAAGCGAUACCCGCUAUUAUGUCGGGUCGGGAUCUAAUUGGUAUCGCAAAAACUGGUAGCGGUAAAACGAUAGCUUUCCUAUUACCUAUGUUCCGGCAUAUCCUGGAUCAACCGCCGCUCGCAGAUGGAGAUGGUCCUAUUGCUUUGAUCAUGACGCCAACCCGGGAGCUUUGCAUGCAGAUCGGUAAGGAUUCGAAAAAAUUCACCAAGAGCCUUGGGCUGUCACACGUAUGCGUUUAUGGUGGAACGGGCAUCUCUGAGCAGAUAGCUGAACUGAAGAGGGGCGCAGAGAUAAUCGUCUGCACACCCGGAAGGAUGAUCGACAUGUUGGCUGCAAAUAACGGACGGGUGACGAAUCUUAGGAGAGUUACUUACGUUGUGCUUGACGAAGCUGAUAGAAUGUUUGACAUGGGCUUUGAACCACAGGUGAUGCGAAUAAUGGAGAACGUCCGACCGGAUCGUCAAACCGUGUUGUUCAGCGCCACAUUCCCCCGACAGAUGGAAGCUUUGGCACGACGAAUACUUACUAAACCAGUAGAAGUACAAGUGGGUGGUCGAUCUGUCGUUUGCAAGGACGUGGAGCAGCACGUAGUGGUGCUUGACGACGAUCUGAAAUUCAGGAAAUUGCUGGAGAUUCUUGGCCAUUUUCAGGAUAAGGGAUCGGCGAUCAUUUUUGUUGACAAGCAAGAGAACGCCGAUACAUUGCUGAAGGACUUGAUGAAGGCUUCGCACUCGUGUAUGUCAUUACACGGCGGUAUCGAUCAGUGUGAUCGGGAUUCGACGAUAAUGGAUUUCAAAGCGGGGAGAGUAAAGUUGCUUGUUGCAACGUCCGUCGCUGCCAGAGGAUUGGAUGUGAAGAGUUUAGUGCUAGUCGUGAAUUAUGAUUGUCCAAAUCAUUACGAAGACUACGUACACAGGUGUGGUAGAACUGGACGAGCAGGAAAUAAAGGUUACGCGUACACGUUCAUAACGCCUGACCAAGAGCGUUAUUCUGGUGACAUCGUACGGGCUUUCGAGCUCGCUGGUGUCCCUGUUCCCGAACCUCUGCGUCAGCUGUGGGAAGGCUACAAAAAUCGCCAGGAAGCAGACGGCAAGAAGGUACACACGGGUGGUGGAUUCAGCGGUAAAGGCUACAAGUUCGACGAGUCUGAAGCAGCCCUUGCCAAUGAGAAAAAGAAAUUCCAGAAGGCAGCACUGGGUCUGCAGGAUUCAGACGAUGAGGAUAUAGAAAAUGACAUAGACCAGCAGAUAGAGACGAUGCUUCAGGCUAAGAAAAUCGUUCACGAGAUGCCAAAGUCCGCCGCUGGAACUGCCGGUAUCACUAAUAUCGGAGGACCAGGUGUGCCUAGCGCUACGGAAAAACUUGAGCUCGCAAAGAAACUGGCGUCCAAAAUUAACACGGCGAAGAAUCUGGGUGCCGAAGCCAAGGGUGCGACUCAGCAAGUUGCCGAGGCUAUUCUGAAGGGAGCUGGACCUACAAAUUUGAUCACGGCAAAGACAGUAGCAGAGCAACUGGCAGCCAAGUUGAACACAAAGCUGAAUUACCAGCCGCGUGAGGAGGAUCUUAUCGAAGGCGAAGGCGAGCAGGGUGAGCAGACCUUCCGAAAAUACGAGGAGGAGCUGGAGAUCAACGACUUCCCGCAACAGGCGCGCUGGAGAGUAACAAGCAAAGAGGCUUUGGCGCAAAUUUCCGAGUAUUCGGAAGCAGGUCUGACAGUGCGAGGCACGUACAUUGCACCUGGCAAACCACCACCGGAUGGCGAGCGCAAACUUUACCUGGCCAUCGAAUCGACGAGCGAGUUGGCAGUCAGCAAAGCCAAGGCUGAGGUCUCCAGACUGAUCAAGGAGGAACUAAUAAAACUGCAGGCAUCCGGCACGCAUACAGCAUCGCGUGGCCGUUACAAAGUCCUGUAAAGUCAUCGUUCUGAUAUGAUUAUAUUUUUCACUCUUUUCUUUAAUUGUCUUCUAUUGUUGGCAUGAGAGAUUUUUGUAAAAGAUGCAGGAAAUUUUUAGAAUUUAGAUGUGCACGCACGAAUUUGCGAUAAAUUUAGACCUCGAGUUCUUGAGCGAUUUUCUUAAAUGUUGAUAAGCAUUUAAAAUGGUCGCUUACUGAAAUAUUGUCAAUAACCUUAGUUGCCGUCGUGGUAACUAAGUAUGACGGCGUUUUAUCGCUCGAAAUAUGAUGAAUAAAUAUCGAGAAAACAAUUAAAUUUAACCUUGUGAGAUUUAUUACCAAUUAAUUAUAAGCAAUGAAAUUAAAUGUUUCUAAUCGAUUUUUAAAUGAACACUCGUAGCAGAAGUGCACGACGGUAGCUACGGUUGUAUUCUUCUUAAUACCCUAUUGAAAGCUUAUCAUAUUCAUUCAAAAUGUUGAUUAUCUACUAUAUUUUUCAUAGGGGUUAAGCAUUCCUAAUAACAGAGAAGUCCUAUUUUUAAUGACCACACAAGAUUACGGUAAGGAUUAAGUUACGGUCAUUAUGGAAUUUUAUGACUAUUUAAUUAAUCAUUAAACGACAAUAAAUUUACUUACUUUUUAGGUAAUUUGAAUGUGAAUUUGACAAAUGUAUAUCUGGGCGUUGUUCGAAGAGAACUGUUUAUUAACAUUCAAAUACCACUUGGUCGAAAACAUCUAGGCAACUUGUUUACUUAUAAUCCGAUGGAAUUUCAAAUAUUAAAGUGUAGUCGUUUUAAGCUUCUAUAAGUGGUUUAACUUAUAGCAAAAAAUCAGAGUAUUUUUAUGAUGAUAAAUCUUUAUGUUUUUGAACUUUUCGAUGGCAUUGAGCUUGAGUGAAAAAUAAUAUAUUAAUGAUUGAAGAAAAACAACGUGGAAGUCUUUAGAAAGUAAUGAAUUGCGAUAAUAUAACAUUUUUAAUGUAAAUGUGGUAUUUAUAAUGAAAGUUUGUUAAUCAAAGUGACAUUAAUUAUAUCUGCAUAAUAAUCUAGUAUAAUGAAUUCUACGACUCAUAGCGGUGAGUGUGUACAAUUCAACACGUGCAUUAUAAUUAUCGAUACGAGCUAAUGUAAGACAUUUUAUUAUACAUAGAAAAGGACAAUAUAAAUAAUUAAUAUUUAGCAAUAA